AUGGAGCCUGAGCCUUUGCCAGCAUCUCCGUCAAUACUCCCGGAACGAGAGAGUCUUGUUUCAUUACCACGGACUUGGCGUGCCGAGACCAACCCACAAUGGAGAGAUAUGGACGUUCGACGCCAGGCGUACAGAAUAGAUUGCCUCAUCAGUUGCAGAUGUUCGGACGUGGCCGGGAAAACCCAGUAUUUGUCUUUCUUUACGGCGCCAAUGGCCGAUCCUUCGGUUGUACCCUCCUCGGCACCACCGCGAGCUCAGACCGAACCGACCAUUCUUAGGGAACAAGCAUCGGAGUGGGUUAGCGACACAGUCGUACUAUGUCCUUGCUCCAAAGGCGAAUGGCUACCCAUGAACACAGACUAUCCCGUCGACAUUUUUACGUCGUCUUUAACCACUCCACUCAAGAUUGUUCUUCAGUGGUCCAUUCAGCGGAAUCCCGUCAGCAUGGCUUCCCUUCAUCCAGAUGCAGAGACCACAUUCCUGGUGUUUUCAACGAUCGAAAAACUCCAUUUGGAGAAUUGA